AUGAUGAAGAGUACAUCGGAUGAUUAUACUAGAUCUAGCGAAAAACGAGCUAGGAGCAGCAGCAGUACCCAUGUCCCAGUGCAUUUUGCUGUCCAUAAGCCGGGAUGUCACUUCGAGAGCUGUUGUGGGGUUUGCAACUUAUUUCCUGGAGUCAUCCUUAUUGCAUUUAGUCAAGUGCUGGUUGGUUCUCUCCUGUUGACUGUACUGUUGUCAUACAGCAAACAGUACGAUGCGAUUCAUCAGACUCAGAAGUCGCAAUGUAAUUAUGAUAUAGACUUCACUUAA